CGUGCGGGCCGCGAGGGGUGUGCGCGCGUGAGUCCGAGCGGGGCUCGCCCCUCGCCGGCGCCCGCCGCCCCGCCGGUGAUCGCUCUCCGGAGGUCCCCGGCACCCUUGGCCCCCACGGCCGUUAGUCCGGGCGGGGGAGGGAGAAAGUGAGACUCGGUGUCAUCACCAUCCAUUGUCAGAAGGGGAGGAAAUUGGAAUCCAGCAGCGGCAAGCAGCAGCUGGGCGGUCACAUCUGGGAAUGCAAAGCCGACCUCCCCCCCCUCCUCCUCCUCCACCACCACCUUCUCUCUCACCCGGGAUCACUUCCGAAACCACUUCGUCUUCAGCCCCUGCCUCGGCCAGAGGGAUUUAUUUAAUGGGGAUGUGUUCAAGGCAAGAGCGAAUUCAGAAGGAUAUCGACGUCGUGAUCCAGAAGUCCAGAGCCGAGAAAGACUGCCUGUUUGCAGAUUUCAGAUACUCAGACUCCACCUUUACUUUCACCUACGUUGGCGGCCCCAAAAGUGUAUCCUACUCAGUACAUGUGUCUGAAGAUUACCCAGACAAUACAUACGUGUCAAGUUCAGAAAAUGAUGAAGAUGUACUAGUUACUACAGAGCCAAUUCCAGUAAUUUUUCAUAGAAUUGCAACAGAACUAAGAAAAACAAAUGACAUUAACUGUUGUUUAUCCAUAAAAUCCAAACUCCAAAAGGAAAAUGGGGAGGAGUCAAGACAAAAUAGUACAGUGGAAGAGGAUUCUGAAGGUGAUAAUGAUUCUGAAGAAUUUUAUUAUGGAGGACAGGUGAACUAUGAUGGGGAACUGCACAAGCACCCACAGUUGGAAGCUGACUUAUCGGCAGUGAGAGAGAUAUAUGGGCCACAUGCAGUUUCUCUCAGGGAAUAUGGAGCCAUUGAUGAUGUAGAUAUUGAUCUGCAUAUCGAUGUUAGCUUUCUCGAUGAGGAGAUUGCUGUGGCUUGGGAAGUCAUUCGAACAGAGCCUAUAAUUGUCCGACUACACUGUUCACUUACACAGUAUUUAAAUGGCCCAGUGCCCACUGUUGAUGUUUUUCAGAUUUCCACAAAAGAGCGAUUUGGAUUGGGACAUCAGCUAAAAAAAAUCAUGCAGACAUUUGUUACACAGCAAUGGAAACAGAGCAAAGAAAAGUCCAGUUGCCUACACAAUAAAAAGCUAUCAGAGAAGAAAGUGAAAUCUCCCCUGCAUUUAUUUUCUACCUUGCGCAGGUCGCCAAGUUAUCCUCCCCCUGGUUGUGGCAAAAGCAAAUCCAAACUGAAAUCUGAGCAAGAUGGAAUCUCCAAAACACACAAGCUACUGCGGAGGACUUGUUCCAGCACAGUCAAGGCUGAGGACGUGUGUGCUGCAAAGUCCCACAGGACCUUUGGUCGCUCCCUGUCCAGCGACCCCAGGGCUGAGCAGGCAAUGACAACGAUUAAAUCGCACAAACUCUUGAACCGUCCCUGCACUGCAGCUGUGAAGCAAGAGGACUGCCUCACUCUAAAGUCCCAUAAAUUAUUGACUCGCUCUUGUUCUGGAGACCCACGAUGUGAGCACAACACCAACUUGAAGCCCCACAAACUGUUAAGUAGGUCUUACUCCAGCAAUCUCCGAAUGGAAGAGCUGUAUGGACUGAAAAACCACAAAUUGCUCAGCAAGUCUUACUCCAGCGUCCCCAAGUCAUCCAAAACUGAGCUUUUCAAGGAACCUAAUGCAGAGGGCAGGAGGCUCUCUCUUACCUCAGGGCUUAUUGGUAUCUUAACACCAUCUUCAUCUUCAUCUUCCCAGCCUGCUCCAAAUGGUGCAAAAUGCAUUCCAAUACGAGACCGUGGCUUCCUAGUGCAGACAAUUGAGUUUGCUGAACAACGGAUCCCCGUAUUGAAUGAGUACUGUGUGGUUUGUGAUGAGCCACAUGUGUUUCAAAAUGGCCCCAUGCUUAGGCCUACUGUAUGUGAACGAGAACUGUGUGUAUUUGCUUUUCAAACCCUGGGAGUAAUGAAUGAAGCUGCUGAUGAAAUAGCAACUGGAGCUCAGGUGGUAGAUCUGCUGGUGUCCAUGUGUAGAUCUGCAUUGGAAUCUCCUAGAAAAGUUGUCAUUUUCGAGCCAUAUCCUUCUGUGGUAGAUCCUAAUGAUCCUCAGAUGCUGGCCUUCAACCCCAGGAAGAAGAAUUAUGAUCGAGUAAUGAAAGCGCUGGAUAGCAUAACUUCUAUCAGAGAAAUGACACAAGCUCCAUAUCUAGAAAUCAAGAAGCAAAUGGAUAAACAGGACCCUCUCGCUCAUCCCCUACUGCAAUGGGUUAUUUCAAGUAAUAGGUCACAUAUUGUGAAACUGCCAGUUAACAGGCAAUUGAAGUUUAUGCACACUCCACAUCAAUUCCUGCUUCUCAGCAGUCCACCAGCCAAAGAAUCCAAUUUUAGAGCUGCUAAAAAACUCUUUGGAAGCACCUUUGCAUUUCAUGGCUCACACAUUGAAAACUGGCACUCCAUCCUGAGGAAUGGCCUGGUUGUUGCCUCUAAUACACGUCUGCAGCUUCACGGUGCAAUGUAUGGAAGUGGAAUCUAUCUAAGUCCAAUGUCAAGCAUAUCAUUUGGUUACUCAGGGAUGAACAAGAAGCAGAAGGUGUCAGCCAAGGACGAGCCAGCUUCGAGCAGUAAAAGCAGCAGUGCAUCACAGUCACAGAAAAAAGGACAACAAUCCCAAUUCCUGCAAAGCCGUAACUUAAAAUGCAUAGCCUUAUGUGAAGUGAUCACCUCACCUGACCUGCACAAACAUGGGGAAAUAUGGGUUGUCCCAAAUACGGAUCAUGUCUGCACACGGUUCUUUUUUGUCUAUGAAGAUGGCCAAGUGGGAGACGCAAAUAUUAACACACAGGAAGGGGGCAUUCACAAAGAGAUCCUCCGAGUAAUUGGUAAUCAAACUGCUACUGGUUAAAGGACCACGAUUUAAUUAACAUGAUUUGAAAGCCUUCCUCGUGUUCAAAGCUGGAUUUUGAACUGAAGAAGAUGAUAAAAUAAUUUGUUGUUAUUAUAAACAAAAUUAACCCUUUGAAUACUGAUUUUUUUUCUUAGUAUUUCUAAGUAUCUUAUUAAAUACCUAAAAUGGUAUAAAUUUAUCAACUGUAGGGGUAUGGAAUCUAGUAAUAAAAUUACAACAGCACGGAAACUGAAGUUUGGGUUGCAUACACAAUAAACAGAUUGAAAAAACAGUUUUGUGCUGAUAUUUUUAUAUUAAAUUCUUUAAUUGGACAUUUGGUAUUAUAUACCGACAUUUUAGGGUACCAAACUAGAAUUGAGAACAUUUUAUAAUGGCAUCUAAAUUAUCAGAUACUUUGUAAUAAGUAUAAUGUUUGCACAUUCUGAUGUGCUAUAUAAUUAGUUGAUGAACAUUUGAAUAUUUCAGGAGGGAUGUUGUCUAUUAUCCUAUUUUUUCUUAUUAAAAAAACAGUUAGAUCCUAGGAGCAGUAUUUUGCCAAAAAUAUGUAACAUACAUAUGUAGAUUCACACAUCAAGAUGUGUGAUUGUGCAUAUGUGUGUGCAUAUUCACAUAUAUGCAUUAUGACAAUAGAGAUGACGUAUGUAGCUUCACCUUUCUAUCCUCAUUCGAUGAAGAGAAUAUUUAGUAAGCAGUAAUUCUGAAUAAGCACCAAGAUAUGAGCCAAAUUUACCACUAUUCAUUUAUACAUAGUAUUUGCUGACAGUUUUCCUAUUGGUUUAAAGAAAUGUAACUUUGGUCAAGUUCUAAGUCAUUUAAAAUAUUACCUGAAAGUAUUUGGGCAACAUCAGUGCCCCAUCAGACUAAGUCUAUAUUCAAAUGAUCACAUGAAAGAACUCAGAAUGGAAAGAAACGGUGUAUACUUUUUAUUUCCUAUAAUGGAACAUUUUUAAAAAUUUUAUUUAUACCACACCAGCAUUUUUGUAUUUGUUCAUCUAAUACCUCUGCUUAUUUUUUUCAUAUUGAGAAAGAUGACAAACUUUGAAGCUUCUUUUAUAUUAAAAGAAUACAAAUAAGUUUAUAGAGAACAAUAACACCAGUUCUCAGCAUUUCCUUUUCCAGAGUCAUGUGCUCAUCCAAAUCCUUUCUUUUGAGUCCUAUUAUUUUAAGUUUCAACUGACAGUGUUUAUUUCCCUACAUGAUGUAUUUGGGAUUAGGCCAUUCAUGAAAGCAGUUUAAUUAGUGAGUCUGCCUCCAUUCAAACUCUGAAUCAAGGCUCAUAUCUGAUUUUAAUUUAUGUGGAAAUAAAAAAUACCAAUGUACAGUCAUUUGCAAGUAUAAUGUGAUAACUUCUGUGUUUAUUCCCUUUGUCUGGCAUAAAAGGUGAGAAAAAGGUCAUACACCUUGAGAAGGGCUGUUAAGGAAGUAUUUACUAAUCUUUGUUUUUCUUAUACUAUAAGUAGUUGAUAAGCCACUUAUUUCUGCAAAAAAAAAUUAGUCUUAUAGAGGUUGGGAUAUUGAUCAUUUUGAUAGUAUUUACUUAAGAUAUUGUUUUGACUGGUGCCUCUGAACUCAGGAGCAGACCAAGGGAUAAUGUUAACAUGGUAAGGCCAAGUUAGUGUUCUGUGAUUUGAAGACUUUGGGGACAAGAGGACCACUUGCUUCUUUCUGCCAAGACUCCCCAAGUCUCCUGUAUCAUUCUAACUAUAGUUUAGAAACACUUUUAGGCAACAAAAUUAGUUUUUUGUAUUAAUUUUGUUGGACAUUCUAUGCAUGACAUAUAUAUGAAGAUGUACUACCAGGAUUUGGGAGUUGGGGUCUUAGAACCCCACCUCUUAGGCUCCUAGGAUCAGUGAAGCACCUCCAAAUCUGCAGAGGACCUCCCACCUUCAUAUAAAAGCCAUUCACCAAAUCAAUUAUGGCUUUACUUAACAGUUGAAUGAUCUGUAAGGAAUACAGUGUCAGAAUCAGACUGGAAGGUAACUUGGAGUAGUCAAGGGAGACAUUCAGAGGAGGGAAAAUGACAUAAUGAAAACCUCUACUGCCAGUUUAAUAAUAAAAUAGAUUCACAUACCCAAGAGAGAAAAAUAACUCUUAGUUCAGUGUCCACUAAAUACAACACAACAAUAGGCAUCAUUUAUGGAAAUAAAAUAUAAUGAUCAUUAAUUGAGUUAUAUUUCAAUACAGAAAGAUUUUCUUUUCAAAAAUUGUGACAGAACAAAUACUUUAAGAGAGCUGAUCUUUUAAUUGACUUUGAAAUUAGGAAUACUAUGGUACACUGAUGGAGAUACUAUCUUUAUUUCUAAAGAAUUUAUUUUUUUAAAUACCAUUAGUAAAUGAAUGGGUCCUUAAAAUUCAAGAUUUAAACACUUACUAUCAUGCCAGUCACCUUCUUAAGAUAUUAUGUGUUGACUUAUUUGAUGAUUUUAAACAUUCAAUAUUAUAUUUUAAUCCUCAUUGGAAAUCUGUGCACAGAUGUUUUAUAGUAUUAGCUUGCUUGUGGAACAGUUGCUAUUAGAUAUUAACCAACCAAGCAAAGGGUAUCAUUCUCAUUUUUAAAAGUAGAAGACCUUAAUUUAUUAGUUCUACUUUUUUCCUGCAUUGCUGAUUCUGUAAACAUUUCACUAUGAAUAAUUUGUCUGUCUUCACUAUAUAAAUAGGGGAGGAAAUUAUUCAAUAUUUGAAAAAGGAGAAAAUAAUAUUCAAAUAAUCUAGUGGGUAUGGAAUGCAUUAUGUUGGAAUAAUUUUUAUUUUUCAGUAAAUCUCAGUCAAAAUGUUAGGUUUUAAUGUUUUCAAUUUAAAAUUUAAUUUUAAUGCCACAUCCUUCAAAUUACUGCCAAAUACUGUGUAGUAUGAGAAACCAUUCCAAACAUCUGAAAAUGCUAUGAAUGUUUCUCAUUGAAAACUAAAGCAAUUAGAGAAUAAAUUCCUCAAUUGUUCUCACCUUUGCCAAAAGAAAACUUUCAAUGCAAGUCUGUGAAUCUUCAAAUAAAUGUUACUGGAAGAAUUUACCAGUACUUUAUAUAAUAAAAAUAUUUUUAAAACCAUAACUUGUCUAAAGCAUGAGGUUUCAGAAAGUUUUGAAGAAAGACUCAUUUCCUUGUGAAGGAGUCAGGAUAGCUGUCAUCAGGGGUAAUGUAAUAUGCCAUGAUAGACCACACAACCUCAGACCACCUACCAUCUAAAAUAUAGGAAUUGUAUGGUGGAAUUAGAAGCACAUUUAAAAACACCGUAGUCUUGCUGAAUUCUUCGUUACAGCACUACCUCAAGACAAAUGAUAGAUCACUUGAUAAGGCAAAUUGGGUUUUCGGUGUAAUGAUCAAAUAAAACUUUACAAAUAGUAGUCAUCAAAUAAUUCAACAGGUAAGACUAUGCUGGCCAUAGAUGUUGUCAGUUAUUCCUUAGCUAUGCUAUGCCAAGUAUGUCAGUCACUAAUGAUAACAUAGUUAACACUCUGAGUUGGUCAAAAGCGUUUUAAGUUGCAAAAUUUGAAAUUAAUUAAUUCCCUUUAAGAUUGGUUGCCUACCUGGGACAACUUUAUGUCCAUUCACCUAAAGCCACAAACAGUUGCCCACUCUAGAGUUCAAGGAUUAAAAAACAAACAAAAGAACUAACUGCUAUGCCAGAAUGGCAGACUGAAUAUUCUAGUAUUUUGGCAUUUAAUGCCUGCUAAAUUUUUGUCCAAUUAUAUAUAGAUUUGAUGUAUAUUAUUACCCAGCAAAUUUUUCUUGGGGGUUUUGUAUACACUAUAAAAUAUAGAAUAAGUUUUUGUAGGUCAAAAGUCUUUCAAGUAGUUUUUAGACAAAACAUACCCAUGAGUGUUGAAAAAGCUGUGUUGAAGAAUAGAUUACAUUACACAUUUACCAGCAAGUCAGUAAAAAAUAGUGCUUAUUUACAUAGUCUAUAUAAUUUAAUGUUCUAAAAAUAUUUUCUUCAAUCUGCCCAAUAUUUAAUGUAUCAUUUGAGGUUUGAAAAAAAUGCAGCCACUCCUUUAUGUAAACAUUAAGAUAUGCCUAUGUUUCUUUAACUACAUAACCUUCUUUAAAAUAAAUUUCUUGACUUUUGUGCACAAAAUAGUAUUGCAACCGCUAUUUAGCCUUUGGUGCCUUAGAGUUAUUAUAAAUAUUUAAUGGUAUGUAUAUAAUGUAAAUACUGCCAAGAGAUCACUAAGGCCAAAUAUUUUCUCUAUUCACUUUUUAUUGCACUUGCUUUCUAUUGCUACUUAAGCCUCUUUUACCCAGCUUUGUAAUAGUUCUAACAUUGUAGCCUAUGUAAAUGUUUACUUUCAAUAAAUCUGAAUUUGUUCAACAAA